AUGAAGGAAGAAGAAGAAGAAGAAGAAGAAGGAGAGUACAGCAGCAACUCACGAUCUUCUUCUUCUUCACCAACAAUAAUAUUACCUGGUGAAAUCCUGUAUGAGAUACUAACUCGUGUGGCUCUCGAUGAUCUUCUUCGGCGAUGCAAAUGGGUUUGUAGAGAUUGGAAUGCUCUCACAUAUGACUCCACAUUCAGACGCCUCCAUUGUCAGAGGACACAAUCAGUUUCUGGCUAUUUCAUUCAAUAUGCUACUGAGAAGAGAUUUCACACCAGCUUUGUCAGCUCCAUUAAUGCAUCCUCUCUGCUGCCGCCAUCGCCAUCACCAUCACCAUCACCAUCACCAUCAUCGAUCUCUCUUAAAUUUAUACCAGGGAUAAACCGUAGGAUAUGUACCUCUUCUUAUCACGCACAAGGUCUGGUUUGCUGCAUGAGUAAAAGCGAUCACAAGCCGGGCCCAAAGAGGUUCUACGUGUGCAAGCCAGCGACGAGGCAAUGGACAGAAAUUCCAAAUCCUAUGAAUGGUUAUUACCCAGAGACAAUGGGGUUAGUGGUAGUGAAAUCAAAUCCGUUGCAUUACAAGAUUGUUCGAUUCUCAUCCCGUUGUGGAUGUGAGAUAUUUGAUUCCAAGAACUGGGCAUGGAGGACGCAUUGGGAAUUUCCGAGGUUAUCUUAUUUGAAACGGGAGGUUUUUUUGCAUGGUUCUUUUCACUGGUUAACGACCUCUUUUGGUAACGAAAAACAAAUAUUUGCUUUCGAUCUUUAUAAAGAGAAUUGUAGGUUUAUCAUGUUGCCUCCUCAAUCCCAAGAGGAAGAAGUAGAAGCUAUGAAUUUUGACAAUUUCUUAGUGAAUUGUGAUGGGCAUCUUGGGAUGAUAUACACUCCAAAACUUAAGGAGACGGCUGAAUCUUGGUCAUGGAUUGAGGUGUGGGUGAUGGAAGAUUACUUGAAAUCAGAGACGACAUGGAAAAAGAAAUACACGUUGAGCUUGGAACCACUAAACCGGAUUGUGGGACGCCAGUAUUUUAUAUUGGCAAUGGACACUAUGGAUAGUAUUUUGGUGACGAAUUUUGACAAGUUGAUUUGGUACAAUUGCAGCACUGGAGUUCCAACCCAUGUGAUAAACCUUGAAGAUCCAAUUAUUGCUUUAGAGACUCGUAUUCAUCCAUUUAUUUCCGAUGAUGUACCUUGUAAUCUUGGACUGCCAACAGGUCAGGCCUAA